AUGUCUUCAAAUCCAUUUGCUAAGAAUCUUGAGAAUGUUACGGAUCCUACAGACUGGAAUUCGUCACAAAUUCCCGAUCUUACAGACUUAGAUUCUUUGUUAAGAUGCUUUAUAUGUAAAGAAUUUUUAAGAGCCCCAGUUAUGACGGGAUGCAAUCACACAUUUUGCUCUCAAUGUAUAAGAGAGUACCUUAUAACUAACAGCCAUUGUCCAUUGUGUGAUUCAGAACAGUAUGAAAGUAAUUUGAAGCGCGUGAUACAGUUGGAAGAAGUUGUUCUAUGCUAUUCAAAAGUCAGAUCGACUCUAUUGCUGUGUUUGAAGCUUCCAGAAGAGGUUGCGCAGAAGAGGCAGGAAAAUUCAGCAAAAGCAGUUCAGGAUGAGAUAAUUGAAAUUGGAUCUGAUGAUGAAGAAGGAAACAACUUGAACGAACGAAGUAUAACUAAAGAUGUGGAAACUAUAUGUGAACAAGAGACAGCGACACCUGUUGUAGAAAAGGAGCAAGAAGAGACGCCGAGAAAGAAGAGAAAGACUGCCAUUGGUACGCAGUUAACUUCGAUGGACAGCAUCCCCACAAGGGAUCAGUUGGUAGAGUGUCCAAUAUGUAGCAAAAUAAUGUCCGCCGAAAUCUUGCAGACGAAUCAUAUUGAUAACUGUUUGUCUAGGUCGCCAUCAGAUUCACCUAAGCCGUCUGGUAGUGCUGGUAUUUCGUCAUUUUUUCAACCUAAAGUGAGCAGCUCGACUUCUGCAUCGAACUUAAGUUCAAGCUCCUCUAAUGAUAGUAAUAAUUUUGGCUCGUCUUACAAGAAGAAAUCGAAUCAGGAUUUCUAUUUCAAAGAAGCGUCCAAACAUCAUAACGAUAUAAAGAAACUUCCCAAGCUUGAUUUCAGUUCAUUGACCACUCCAAGAUUGAAGGAUAAACUAGUCAAUUUGAAACUACCCACGCAAGGUACGAGAAUUCAAUUGGAGUUGCGAUACAAUCAGUAUUACAUUCUUUUCAAUUCUAACUUGGAUAGUAGCCAUCCUGUUUCCGAAAAGGUCUUGAAACAAAAGUUGAAUCAAUGGGAAUUAUCACACCUGUCAUUUUCGUCAAAUCAAGUGAACUCGAAAAAUUCAUUGUUCGAUUUCGGAGGCAGUAAUCCCACAUUGAAGAAUAUAACUGAUAAAAAUUUUCUGGUAAGCGAAUGGCUAAAUGCUUACAAAGGAGAAUUUGCGAGGUUAACUAGACUAGCCAAGAAAUCAAUGAAAGAGAAGGUAGCCGAAGAAAAUCCAAAUAAGGAAGACCCUGCAUUAGAGAAUGAAGGUAAAGGAGACAUUGACAUGGUUGGAACACUGGGAGAAGACCAUGAUACUAAGGAGAGUGUUGAUAUUCCAGUAAAGGAGAAUGAAGAAAAUAUUCUAGUUGGAAAUCAAGAAGAACAGCAUAAAGUCAUAACUACAUAA